AUGAAACAACGUGUCGCACCGAUGCUCUUGGGGGGUCUGCUAGUGGCUGCAUGCCUUAUGCUGCAUGAGGUUCGCAGUGAUGCUGACUUGUACGGCCAUGCCGAACCAUCGCACCACGUCAUGCACAUCCGGAAGCUUUCCGACAGCGACAAGCUGAAGAUCGAACUGGAGCCGGUGUGGUUCCAUCUGGAGUCAGCGGAGCAGCUGCCGGCGAAAGGCGAAAGCCAACAGGUGAAGCGACAAACAAAAUCGAACACAGGGCGUCCGGUUCAGGUAUUUACCAGCUUAUCGCACCUCGAGCGAUACCGGCGCAAAAACCAUUACACGUCGUCGGAGGCGGAUGACGCUCCGGAAUCGUAUCUGAAGGACUUCUGGCAUGCGGACGUCCCGAGUGAGGUCCCGAGUGGGCGCGAUCGGUCGUACGAGGUGACACCAAAAUCGACCUCGUUGGAGGACCAGCUGGAGGAGAUCGAGCUACCUAGUUGCUUCCGACGGUAUCUGCACGAAAUGUACGAUCGCAAUAAUGAAAGUGUCCGGAAGCUAAUGCGCUGCCUAAGCCAACAUCCGGAGGAGAAAUGCCUCGAGGCACAACGUCGGGCCCAACGAUACCGCGGAGGGGAAAGUCGGGAAGAUGAUCCGCGCCAGGCACUCUACGAGCGCAAAGUAAUUCGGCGGCGUAAAUUCAGCGAUCAUCGUGACAAUCCACGACCGAUGGUUGCAGACGACGAGGAAGACUUGAGAUUCGAGAAACAUUUCAUUCGCUCGGACAGUGAUGAUGUUGGCCAGGUUUUUAACCCAGCCACCGAUGAGAACGACUCCGAGAGCGGAAGUAACGACAGCGGUUCCGAUUCUGAUGAAGGACCCUGCCGGCACAACGAGGUUCGCACUCCACAACAGGACUCGGAAGAACCUGAACGAAAAGAGGCGCCAAAGUAUGAUCACCGUGAACCCUACAGACGACCGCCGCCAAAGUACAACACCCAGAGAAGGCGCCGGGACUCGGCCGAAUCGGAAGAGGAUGGCAGCUCGGAGGCAAGUGAUGAAUCUUGCGAAAAUUGUUGA